AUGCAAAUACCCGUAAAUAAGCUGCAUACCAAUUUCCUCGCUGCGUUUGCCGACGUGUUCUGUUUUUUUUGCGAAAAUUUUGGAGGUUUUGACCAAAUUACCAUCGAAUUGCUUUCCGUCCAGUUUUUCGGGGCGGGGAUAAAAGCAAACGAAAAUAAUAUACGAAAAAGGCUGUUUAAAUUAAUAAAAAAAUAUACCGUUAAAAACCCCUACGCCGUAUUUUUAACAGUGGAAAUAAUUACGCUGUUCCCAAACGAAAAAGUUUUUAAAUCGCCGCGGCAUAAGUUAUUAAAAAAGCGUAUAAUAAAUAAUUUAAAUUCGGCGCGAAAUAAUAGGUUGCAAUUAAGGUAUAAUUUUUCCGCAACCCAUUUUAUUACUUUAUUUAAAAGCGCUUACGCGCAAUUUGCGGGUAACCUGGACGGCUCCUUUAAUUUUGUCAAAAUUGCCAGAAAUUCGAACCCGAUAACCCAAAGUUUAUACGUAUACCUGUCCAAUUUUUUCAAUUUCGUAAAACCCCCGAACCAUAUAAUUAUUUUUAUUGCGCCCAUAAUUGCGUUAAACUUCCUAUUAAAUAGUAUCGUUACCUGGGCUUUUAAAAAAAGCGUUUCAAGUUUAAAAGGUCGUAAAACAAUAUCCGUAAAUACUUUUGUAAACUUUAUAAAAACCCAUUUAAAAAAAUACGUCGAAUCGUUAAUCGCCGGUGCAAUUCCCACCGCCGAUAUCCAUUCCGAAAAUUUUAUACGUUUUGCAAAUAAAUGGGCCGUUAUUAAAAGUUCGGACACCUAUUUAAUUUGUUUGCGGCGGCGGCCUUUAUACGAUUUAUACCCUGGAUAUACGAUUUGUAAUAAUUACGUACGUAUUUUCGGUCUUUGUGCGGACGAUAAUCCGUCGGUUUGGACGUUCGAAAAAUAUGUUUUUUACCAAAAUCGUUUGUCCGAAAAAACGCGGAUUCGGAUCCACCCCCCGACGGCAGGCGUAAAGGUAUUUUAUUUCGACGGUGGCGGGGUCCGCGGCACUUUGUUAACCACCGCCUGGAGCCCCGUAUCCCUUUUGGGCCAGUUUAUUGUAUUUUUGGUAUUUUAUUUUAAUAACGGGUUAUAUUUUUCGCAGCAAAUUAAAAGCGUGUUAAAACAUAUAUUUGGGGCCGAUAAAAAAGUUUUAAAUAUUUCCAACGCUACGGCGAAUGGAAAUUUUAUCGGAUUCCCCGUCGCCACCGUAAACGAGGAACCGAUAUACCGCAUUUUUAUUAGCAGAAAUGGAGUUUAUUAA